GGAUAUAGCCUUCCAAACACAAUCAUAAUACGAUAAAGAGGCUUAGUCUCUCGUUGCUAUACAUGUCAUUUCUCUACUAGCUGAGUUGGAGGUACAUCCUCGCCAAACCUGUUUAUCAGUUGACGGUUAUCUUCCCCUCACUGCUCACAAAUCCCACUUCAUCCUUCGGCCGCGUGAUGAGAGGAAAGUCUUAUAAGAUUGUGGUCCAAACCUCUUAGCUUAACUGAACCUACGAAUGAACCUGACGCUCGACUUUGUACGACCACGGUAGUAUCCUCAUCUCCUAAUAGUCAUAGGUACCAUCAACCGGCCUUCAUUCGAAAUCCAUCCAUCUGCCAUGCCCCCCACACAGACAGUACCUGCUCGCCAAGGUACAGCGACGAUUGUGCGCGCCAGCGAAAAGAUCAAGAUCAUCAAUACCCAUGGCAAUCAGGUUGUCGACACGUGGAUUUUUGCCCUACCGUCUGUCUCUAUAGGCACUGCCUCAUCUCGCCUCGAAGCGCCUCUCUAUCCCGCUGCUUCUGCUGUCUCCUCGUCUCGUUAUUCCACAGCUGCGAACCGAGCCGCUGCCGCACCGGAGUACAUGUCCAUGUCGCACUGUCGUGCUACGCUAUUGAAGCUCACACCGCGCGUCGGUGAUACACUUGUUAGCCAGAAACGCGCGCCCUUGGCGAAGAUGGUCGAGGAUACAAGUCCAGGCGUGCAUGAUACUCUAAUUGCAGCCUGUGAUCGCUGGCGGUACGCUGAGCUCGGUGUCGAUACAUACCACCAGAGCUGCACAGACAACUGCUGGGACGCUCUGGCUACCUUAGCUUCGAGUCUUGGAGAUUCGGAAGAAGGCGAAAUCCUACAAGGGCUACAGACCAGGAUGGGAGGGAGGGUCCCUGACCCCUUCAACUUGUUCAUGAACAUACCUGUUACGCACGAAGGAGAAGGCGCAAUCAGAAGCGUCAGUUUCGAGGGGCCGCUGACAAAAGCUGGUGACUAUGUAGUAUUUGAGGCGCUCAGGGAUGUCGUGGUUGUCAUGAGUGCUUGUCCACAGGAUGUGCUCGACAUCAAUGGGAAAAGGCCCACUGACGCCCACUUCGAAGUUUAUUGAGAAGUGGCGUACCGAGCCCGAUGAAGCGUCCAGAUCAUGUACACCAAUAUGAAUUCAUGCUUCUUCGCGUGUGACAAUCCGACUUUUUCUAGUUCGUGCCUGCAGCGCUGCUUUGCUACAGUACGGUACUCAACGCAAAUACAAUCGCUAACCAACCCACUUCUAUCAUGCGACCUUCAUAUGGCCCCGUAUCUUUCAAAGAGCCCCUCGCAGCAGUGUCAAGCUUCUCGCCACUCGUAUCAUUCUGCUACAGCUUACCAACAAAG